UCUGGUUCCUUCUUGUGCGAGAGAGGCUUCUUUUUUACCACUUACCUACCUCCUGUUUUUUUCGCCUCUGCGCAAGGUUGGACAGAGCUCGACUCUCGUCGUCAUUGCCACUCACUACCCGCAGCGGCCCGCGCGCCCGACCACCCUCGCGCUACCACCACCGCCUUCGUACGCAAUUGCUAGACUGCCGACGGCCGAAAAGCACAGCGCCCCUCCCGCUCCGCCCGCCCGCCCAAGUGUGCGUGUGUGUGUCCCGCAUUCCAACCGCCCGUCCCGCCCGCCGGGGGGGACCAGGAGCGAGGAGCGGACGGACAAACGCCCCGAAGCUUGGGGGUGGUGAGAUCAAACAGAAACAGAAACAGAGAGUGAGAGAGGGAGAGAGAGUGGGACGGACAGACGGAGCAAGCGUCCGUCAAAGUAGCAGCAAGCAAUGCGGCAACCCAUUGUCGUCGCCGCCGCCAUCGCGGCCGGCCUCGUCUCCGCCUCGCCGCUGCCCAACCACCCGCUCGACGGCCGCGGCGGCGGCGCAGCCAGCUUCGGACUCGGACUCGGCCUCGGCAGCCUCCCGUUCCUCGCACCGCGCGGCGGCAGCUGCGGCAGCGGCACCGCCUGCGGCGUCGACGGUCAGCUGUGUUGCUCCGGCGGGCAGGUGUGCACGACGCUCUCCAACAACAUCGCCACCUGCCUCGCCGGCGGUGGCGGCGGUGGUUACGGCCAGUACACGACGACGUGGACCGAGACGCGCACCUUCACCAGCACCAUCAUGACGCACUGGGCGCCCGCCCCCGAGCCCACCGCCGGCGUCGACUGCGUGCCCCAGGCCGCCGAGCAGCAGGCCUGCGGCUCCAUCUGCUGCGCCGGCUGGCAGACGUGCGCCUUCAAGGGCCAGUGCUCGCUGCGCCCGGGCUACCAGGAGCCCAGCACCGUCGUCGUCACCGCCUCCGACGGCAAGCUCACCACCCGCUACUCGGCCCCCUUUCGCAUCACGGGGACCACCACCGUCACCGGCAACAACGGCCAGCCGCAGACGAGCGGCCCGGCCACCGCGACGGCGACGGCGACGUCCUCGGCCCCGACCUCCACCAGCACCAGCGACGGCGACGCCAUCGGCGCCGACGGCGGCACCACCAACCACGGCCUCAGCGGCGGCGCCAUCGCCGGCAUCGUCAUCGGCACCCUCGUCGGCGUCGCCCUUCUCCUGCUGCUGUGCUUCUGCUGCAUCGCCCGCGGCCUGUGGAACGCCAUCUUCGGCCGCAAGCGCCGCCACCACCACGACGAGAAGCGCGCCUCGCGCGUCGACGUCACCGAGGAGCACUACUACCGCCACGGCAGCCGGCAGCCCUCGUCCUACGCCCGCCGCGAGCGUCACGGCGGCUGGUUCGGCGGCGGCGGCGGCGGUCCCUCCUCUGCCGGCGGCCGUCGCGAAAAGAAAAAGUCGGACGGCGGCUGGUGGCUCGGCCUGGCCGGCGCGGCCGCCACCAUCCUCGCCCUGCUCAACCUCAAAAAGGACAAGAAGAAGCCGCCGCGGAAGCCCAUGUCCUCGCGCUACAGCGACUCGUACUACUCGUACACCGACGCAACCAGUGCCAGCAGCUCCAGCUCUGGUGGUCGUCGCACCCAGUACACCCGCCACCCGAGUCGCAGCGGCAGCAGCCGGCCGCCGCCUCCGAGGUCUCACUACUCUCGGUCCUCGAGGCGGCCCUAGACGUGUCGCUCGACGACGACUUGUUCGCAGAUCCUGUACAUGCCGCCGCACAUUCUUCUGCACCGUCAGUCCUAUGCUGCUGUGAGUGCCGCCGCCGCCGUCUCCGUCAUGUGAUAUACCAUGCGCGCGCGCGUAUACGUCCCUUACGGCUACGUACUUACGCCGUCUUGGACGUUGCACAAAAUCUGGCACCAAGUCCAUUGUGCUCUUUUUUCUCUUUUCUUUCACGCACAUUAUGCACAUGAUACAAAUCAAAGGGAGCUUUCCCCGGCGUUUUGAGGAGUCCCAACUCUCAUGUCCCCCCCUUUUCUACCAUUAUAACCCCCCCUUGUCUGUCUGUAUACACCGAAGGGGGGCAGGUGGGUGGGUGGUGGACCGGUCUGAUUUACCGCGCGUACGCCUGCCACGCGCAGCACGCCAUUUGCAAUGAAGAGCGAGCCCGAUUCUUGUUUUCUGCUGUUAUUGUUGUUUCUCAGGGAACCGGGAAGGCAUGGGGGAUUGGAGGCAGAAUGAAAUGAGGUCACAUGAUGAGAAAACGAGCGCUGGAUAGCAUCGUCCAGAGGGAGGUGAUAUUACGACAUGAGACGACCCGCGGACGGGGCGGUCAGGGAAUAGAUGAAGAUCCCCUGUGACGGCCGCUCCGGACGCUGGACGAUACCGCACAUAGCAUAGACUGGAGGGGAGAGCUGACCAGCUUCGACUGCUUUGCUUCGCAUGCAACGCAGUCUUCAAUGUAAUAACGACCAUGAUGGAAAAUCGUCAUCCUCAUCCUUUUGGUUCCCUC